GGGGUUUACAUCUCUUUUUCGUUCGACACGUAGAUAUUAUUACAAACCGGUUGCCAUGUAUACCGGUGCGACCGCGCGCGAUACAUACGUAUAUAAGAAACAAAUCUUGGGAAGACAUUUGGAGAUCGCACACUUGGUACCGUUAAUAAUGCAUUUUUGCAUCAACUCCUUGCCUUUCCAGAUACGUACGUACAUACAUACGCACACUCGGUUGUCCAGACAAUUCGUUCGCAUCCUGUCCGGAUACUUGGGAGUUCUUCUCAAGAAAGAGGUGAACGUAAAACCAACGAACGAAGUAGCUGAACCGAGAAAAGUGAACUCGAGAGCUGUCGAGAGCAAGCCCGAUUUUAUGCGAGAAGAGACAUCGGGUGAUUGAAAAAUCAUUGAGUGCGCGCAUAUAGUAUUUCGUAGCCAUGCUCGUUGCGAUUAGAUACAACGAUAUACGAUUAAUUCCUAUGGCGCGAAAUAAGAUCGGCUUGAACUCUCUCGCCACACAUGUCUGUCUGUCGCUUGACGGUACAUAUAAGGUUUCGGUUUUCAAUUACCGCACGAGUCGCGAACGUUUCUUCCUUGCGACGCGAAGGGGUUCAUUUUUCGGAUACGUGAGUGAAAAAAACCUUGAGAUUUUACGCGCGCGCACAAAAUUAUAUUCUCUCUACACCCGCGCGAGAGUACAGAGAUCCAGCGCGCCACAGUUUCGCAAAACGGUUAUGCGUAAUGUUUGCCGAAUCUUAUUUUUUAUCUUAUCAACGUAAUCAUCGUCGAAAAUUACACGCGCAAUUAUUGCGCGGAACAUUGAAAUAUUUGAGGAGAGACUCGACGUUUUUUCUUCCUCUCUCGCAAUCAACGCAAUCGCAACAAACACAUUUCGCACUUGAGAAUUCAAACAGCAGGAUGCAAAUUUGAAAUUUGCGUUGGACGGUAAUUUUUGAAAAAAAUCAGGAUUGAAAAACUACGAUAUCGCAAUUCAACUUUUGUAUGUCCGGAGAAGAAAAAAUUUACACAAAAAAUACAUCGAAUCGAAGGAUGUUUUGCAAUUAACUCAGAUUUACAAGAGUUCCCCCGAUGCAUUGGUGAGAGAUACGUGUGUAUUCAGUUGCGAACAAAGGCGAAGAAGGGAAGCAAGCGAAUAUCGAGUGGUGGCAGUAGCACGGCUGACGAGAAGCAAGUGCCGCGGAGAGACCCGCUUUUAGUGCCGAUCUUCAUCUCGUGCCUUUUUCGUCCCGUCUCUCGAGCUUUAGAAUCUAAACAGACAAGAAUCUAUAGAUACAUAUUGCGCAAAGUAGGAACAAGAAACAAUGCUUUCCUGGCAGAAUCUGUCUGUUUACGCGAUGGACCGGCACACCGUGAGCAAGCAGAUCAUCAAUAGCGUCCGAGGUGUGGUACGACCCGGCGAGCUCACCGCAAUUUUGGGAGGCAGCGGCGCUGGAAAAAGCUCGUUGAUGACCGCGUUGGCAUUUCGCACGGGAUCCGGUAUUGUGGUGCACGGUGACAUUCGCGUCAACGGCGUGCCGACCACUUCUUCGUACAUGAGACGUCACAGCGGUUUUAUGCACCAGGAGGACCUGUUCAUCGAGACGUUGACGGUGUUCGAACACAUCUGGUUUAUGGCUAGAAUGAAACUAGACAAGAGAAUUCGCAUCUCGGACAUUCGAUUGAAGAUCGAUCGUUUGCUGAGAGACGUCGGUUUGCUCGAGAGACGCGACACUCGCAUUGGCGGCGGCGACGACGACAAGGUUCUUUCGGGCGGAGAGAAGAAACGAUUGGCUUUCGCCACCGAACUACUGACCGAUCCGGAGAUAGUGUUUCUGGAUGAACCGACCACGGGACAGGACGCGCACUCGGCCGGCGUCCUCGCGUCGCACAUGAUGUCCUUCGCGUCGCGCGGCCGCACGAUCCUGUGCACCAUACAUCAACCGAGCUCGACCAUCUUCGGUAACUUUCAUCGCAUAAUCCUUCUGGCUGGCGGCAGAGUGGCGUUCGCCGGAAGCAGCGAGAAAGCGAUACAAUUUUUCGCCAAUCAAGGCUACGUGUGUCCGCCCAAUUAUAAUCCGGCCGAUUUUUUGGUGGCAACUUUAGCGCUCGCACCCGGCGACGCGGACGGAAUAGUCGCGCAGAAGAUAUGCGACGCGUUUCUCACUAACGAGGCGUGCAACGAGAUUGACGUCGCGUUGCAACGGGAGCGCGACACCGCUCGUUCACAGUACGCCCGCAAAGAGGAUAUUCGAAACUCGAACGCCUUUCAGGGACCAUGUUGCUGGUUGCGAUUGUACUGGCUGAUCCAUCGUGGAUUCUUGCAAGUCCUGAGAGAUCCCUCGGUGCAGUUGAUCAGGAUACUGCAGAAAGUGUGCAUCGCAACGACCGCCGGCCUGUGUUUCGUGGGAGCCGUUGAGCUUGAUCAAUUGGGCGUUCAGGCUGUGGAGGGUGUAAUAUAUCUCCUCGUGUGCGAAAACACAUUCUUUCCCAUGUACGCGACCUUGGCGUUAAUACCGCAGGAGUUGCCGCUCCUUCUUCGAGAGUACAAAGCGGGCAUGUAUUCCGUUCACCUUUAUUACAUAGCGCGUAUGAUAUCGCUGAUACCCGGUUUACUGGUUGAACCGCUACUGUUUACCGCAAUAAUGUACUGGGUCACCGGAUUGCGUCCCGCGAUGGACGCGCUCGGCUUAACCAUGUUGGUAGUUGUAAUGACGAUAAACGUGUCCACCGCUUGCGGAUGUUUCUUCUCGACCGUCUACGGAAAUGUGCCGCUGGCAAUGGCGUACCUGGUGCCGUUAGAUAACAUUCUCAUGAUGACCAUGGGUCCUUUUAUUAAACUCGGCUCAUUGCCUGUAUACGUUCGAUGGGUGCGAUAUUUCUCCUGGCUGCUGCACUCAACGGAAGCUCUCAAUAUCAUCCAAUGGAGAGGUGUGCAUAACAUAUCCUGCGAAAUCACCCAUCCGGAACUGCCAUGUCUCACCGACGGAGUCGAGGUGUUGGACCGUUACGACUUCGACGAGCGCGAUUUUUGGCUCGACAUCGUUCUCAUGCUUCUUCUUUACACCGUCUUCCAUUUGUUGGCUUGCGUGUUCUUGUGGAAAAGAUGCAAAUCGAAAUAAACGUACAUAUAUCUAAUUAAAAACUUACGACUAAACAUUUAUAUACAUAAUUGACAAAAAACAACACGCACACUCUUCUGUAAAAUACAUAUAAAAACAAAUUUUCGGACGACGCUGUAUUUUUUGUUUUACAUUCAUAAUCCACUUUCGUCAACUCGAUAUACAAUAAGACGAUGAUAUGCGGUUUUGAGAAGUUUUUACAUAUUAUGCAAAUGGGAGAGAAAAUAAAUGCGCGAGAUAAAGUUUAAUGAUACGUGAGAGAAACUCGGUAUUAUCAAUCCGUUGCAUAAAAUAUUAGACCUGCGGUUCUCAUCCGAGAGCUAACGUCUGCGGA